CUUUUGCUGCUGGGAGGUUGAUUAUGUACACUUUUCCAGACAAAGCCAAAAAGUUCUACAAUAAAUUGUUGAAAAGGGCUAAAGAUCCCGGAGUAUGUGCUGCAAUCAAAGCUCACUGUGGAAAUCUCUAUGCAUUAGGAACAAAUAAUAACUGGCAGCUUGCGGAACAAACUUUGGACUCAGCAUUGUCAGUCCUAAGAGAAAGAAACUUGGCUUAUUUCUACAGAUGGGCAGCAGUGAGAAAGGGCAUCAUACUACAGAGACAAGGAAAAAAUCAGGACGCUCUACGUUAUUUUAGAGAUGCAAUAGAGAGCAAAAUACCUCAUCACUUUGGAGAUGUCUCAGAGAGUCUGAAGGUUCCAGAAUUUCUCGUGAAGGAAGAGAAUUUCACUGCUGGUAUUUACGAAACCAUUCCUUUAAUAUUCACAGGCCAUGAAAAUGAAGCUUUAAAUAAACUUUUCCCACUACUGCAUGACCUCGAGAGCGAGAAGGAAAACGUCCAUCCGCAGUACGCUGUUCUCUUAAACAACAUUGGCCUGGCCUUUGAGAGAGGUGAAGAUUUGCCGAAUGCUUUGAAAUGGUAUAAGAAGUCAUUAGAAGUACGGCGCCGGUUAGGAAAGAUAACUCCGUACAUUCUUGUGAUAUCUUUAAAUAACAUAGCCAUGCUUACUUACAAACUCUCCAAAGACAAAGACUCCUUGAGGGACUGUCAAAAAUAUCUUCAUGAAGCCUUGGACAUACUGCAAGAAACCAACUGGCACUUUAAUGAUAGAGCUUUAACAUUAAAUCAUCUUGCUGAGAUCAAUACACAGAAAAAGGACUAUUUCAAAGCUUUUCAAUUCAACAUGAAAGCAUGUAAAGUUCUACAAGAAAAUGCCAAAAACAAUGGACACAGACUCAAAGUUCUCUUGGACCUUGCACAUUUAAGGAUAGUUCUUGGAAUACAGAAAAAGCAAUUAGAGUAUUCAGAACCUGAGUUCAGCAAAAUGGAUCUUUUAAAACUGCCUGAAGAGUAUAUGCAAGAUAUUUUGGACUUCGAGAGCGCAAACAGAGGAGACAGCUUCGAUUUCUUAUCCAACUAUCUUUUGGCCUGCGUGCAUGGAAUGCUGCUGCACGCUGGGUACUCCAAGGAUGGUUUUGAGAAGUACAAGUCCUGUUUCCUGAAGCACAGAGAGUCCGUGGAGAAGCAAUCCCACAUCAAGGUAGAGGUCAAGAAACUGAUCCUCUCAAAGUAUGACUUAGUGUAUCGUUACGUAACAGAAACUGUGACAGAAAAUAUUGACCCUAGAAAGAUUCAUGGUUUUGUUAUUGAGGCUUGUGUGUACUGUCAAAUAUUAUGUAAGGAUGUACGAAACUAUGCGUGGAACAAAUCCUUACGGCUUAUUGAAAGUAUAGGUCACGUGACUUCAUUAAGUGAAGAUUUCUGUGCUAACGAAGGACACGUUGACCUUAGGGUGUGUUAUAAGUCUGAACCUGGCGACAGAACACAAGAAGCUGUCGGCGACUCAGUUAGUGACACGGUCUGCAACCAAUCGGAAACUGAAAGUGUCCCUGACGAACCGUCUCAGAAAGACGAAACUAUUUCCGUAACGGUUUGUAACAUGUCUGUAACAGAGGAGGCAAUCUCAGUAACUAGCUCACAAUCGUAUUGCUCGAUCUCUGCGAGCGUGACAUCCGUCGUGAACCCAUCCAUUAGUGAAACAAGCGAUGUCUCUAGUGAGACGGAAAGUCUCACCCGUUUUGUUCUCAAUGUCUCCAAGUCAGAGGAAGAUGAAGUAAGUGUCAACAGUAACUAAAGGGAGACAAACUAGCUAAUCUGAACUUAUACUAAACGUUUAAAGCAUGAAACACAGAUUAAUACUUUGAGGGUAUUAAAGUGCUAGCAAGUAUAUUCGAUUACACAACUGCCUACCUGCAGUGAAUUCAGAUAAACGCUUGUGUUACUAUGAAUAGUGAAAAACAUGGGAGACUAUAAUACUAAGGGAGGUAAUUUUCCUGUAUAUUUAAAAAAUUGUUAUGCAAACUUUUUAUUCUGAAAAAAUGUUUUUAAAAAAAUAUUUCUAUUACUAAAUUAAGUAU